CGUACCUAAUCUCCAGAGUGAUUGUGAACUGUUUAGAACUCAAGAUGUUUGUCUCUAAUAUUUAUAUUUUUAAAUUCGCUUGUGUCUUUUUGAUUGUGGGUCGAUUUGCGGUAGUUCAAUCAAAUGUGAAGGAUAAGUGCACCAUGGGAACUAAAGAGAUGAUCGAAUACAACGGUUACUAUGCGGAAGAACACAGUGUAAUCACCGAAGAUGGAUAUAAUUUGACGAUUUUUCGAUGCAAUUCAAAAAGUGUUUCGCCAGACACAAAGAAGGUGGUGCUUUUACAUCAUGGCUUACUUUCCUCAUCCGAUGAUUAUUCUACGAACGAUCCAAGUCAAGCAUUGGCAUAUAUUAUGGCCGAUGCUGGGUAUGACGUUUUUUUAUCGAACCACAGAGGGAAUUUUUAUUCGAGGCGUCAUAUCACGUUAGAUCCAGAUAUUCUAAAUAUGAGUGAACGGUUUUGGAAUUUUUCAUGGUACGAGGUCGCUAUUUAUGACUAUCCAGCCAUUUUUGAUUAUGUGCUCGAAGAGACAAAACAGCCAAAAGUGUAUGUUGUUGGUCAUUCACAAGGCACAACUUGCAUGAUGACUCUGUUAUCAGAGAAGCCCGAAUAUAAUGACUAUUUCUAUGCGGUGAGUCUAAUGGCACCGGUCGGUUACCUGAAACAUACUGGACGCCCUUUACAAAUCUUAGAAAAAUUUCACAAUCAAUUACUGGUAUUUGAAAAUACAGAACUUCUUCCAAGGAGUCCGAUCGGUAAAUUUGGUGGAAAAAUUUGUAGCUCAAAACUUUUGGGUACAUUCUGUGAAUCGUUACUUGAAUUAGUUUUGGGCCAGAGUGAAGGACAACAGGAUAGCACAACGUUGAGGAAUAAUAUUUGCCAUGGACCUAGCGGGGCCUCAUUUAAUCAAAUCCUUCAUUAUGGUUCAGAAAUAAGUUAUGAUUAUUUUGGAAAGUAUAUGAGAGAUUCAAAAGUGCCAUCAGAUUUUGAUCUUUCAAAAAUUCGUGUGCCGAUCUCGCUUCAUUAUUCACCCAAUGAUAAAUUAAGCAAUUCAGCAGAUGUGGAAAAAUUAAUUCCAAAACUGAAUAAUAGUCUUGCACUUACUCAAGUUGUGAACCAAACAGAGUUUAAUCAUAUCGAUUUCAUUUGGGGAAAGGAUGCAGCUAAAUUGGUUUACUCAGUAAUUUUAUCAUUUUUUGAGGAGCAAUCCGGGGAAACAACAAUUUAAAUAAAAUAAAACACGAUUGUUUAUGAUGGAGAAAAAGUCUUUCUUCAAUAAU